AUGAAUAACACGACCUGCAUUGACAACUGUACCAUAGGGAUUAUUUCCGGCAAUACCACCAAACUAUCUGGAAGUAUAACAACACAUUCUAUCAUCAUUGUUUGCAUUGAAAUGCUGAUAAUGUUCAUCAUCUGUGCUGGAAACACCUUAACAUUUACUGCUAUCUGGAAAACACCAAGACUUCAAACCGUACCUAACCAAUAUAUCAUGUCUCUGGCAUGCGCCGAUUUACUGGUCGGUUUAAUUCUACCGUAUCAGGUAGCUCUGCAUUUUCCAGGAGUCCAGGAAAUCUUUGAUAAGAAUAAGUACCUGUGUUUAGGACGUCACUGUGCCUUCUAUGUUUCACUUGGACAAACCAUCCAGACAAUUACAGCUAUUGCUAUUGAUAGAGCAGUAUGUAUUGGGUCUCCGUUGAAAUAUAAAACUACAGCUUCCAUGAAGAGAACCAGAAUUCUGAUAUUCAUCACCUGGAUUACAGCUAUAUUGUUUGGCACCAUUCCACUUCAUUCUAAUAACUAUAAAGUAGAGACAGGCUGCUAUUUAUUUAAAACUGUACCGUUUUAUUUUCACGUAUACUUACAGCCUAUCGUAUUUGUUGCAUUCUGUAGUGUAAACGUCAUAUGCUACUCCUAUAUUUUCUACAUAUCGAGACAGCAUAUCAAAAAUCGUAAUAAACAGUUGGCUAUCGUUGAUGCUAAACUACAUAACAACAAUAUGAAAUUGGUGAAGAUGUUUUUGACUGUAUUUGGUGUAUUUUUCAUCUGUAUGACACCAGGUUUUACAUCAGUCAUACUUGGUCAGAUUGUUGGUUUACCCAAUGGUAUUGUCGAUAUCUGUUUACUUCCCGCGCUACUCAACUCAGGAAUGAACUUCUUCAUCUACGCCGUAGCUAACAUGACUUUCAGACAAGCGUUCGCCGGGAUGAUUUGUUGUGGAAGUCGUCGCACUCAAAAUUCCUGUUAUAGAUCAUCCAAUUUAAAAUCCAUUUCUACUGUCAAGAAGAAAGUUGAACCACAAGUAUCAGUAAAGCCAGAAGAGGAUCCCAUUGAGUCAGAAAAUGUAAAAGAUGUUAUUUUGACAUAA